AUGGCUGCUGAACAGGAGAGACGUGCUACCGACCAUCCUUCUCUAAUGCGACGCUUUUGGCGUAGUCUGUGCUGGCCGUUCGGUCGAGUUCGUUCUCAGACGUCUUUUCAGGACGUCUGUGGUGUCGAGACCGAACCGGAGGGCAGUGUGGACGCAGAGAACCAGACAGUUAUGGAGGGAUACUUGUUCAAGAGGGCCAGUAAUGUCUUUAAAACAUGGAACAGGCGCUGGUUCCUGAUUCAGAACAACCACCUUAUGUACAAGAAGAAAUCCGGGAAUAUCAUGGUGGUCAUAGCUGAUUUACGCCUGUGCACGGCCAAACACUACAAGAGCAUCGGACGCCGUUGCUGCUUCCAGGUGGUUUCACCUACAAAGAUCUGGGUAUUGCAGGCCGAUUCAGAGGAGAAUAGAGAGGCUUGGAUCAGAACCAUUCAGAACAUGGUUGCUAACACCGAUGGUGACAGAACAGGCGACUCCAUCACUUCCCAAUCAAAUGAGGUGGUGGAUUUGAGCCCAAAACAGGAAGGAUCCAGUAGCUCCUCUGAAUCACGAGGAUCCCAACACACAGAGAGAGACUCGCUACGUCCACCAUCCACUUCUGGAACCUCAGUCGAGAGCAUUUACGGUACAGUUGGAGGGACCUCACACAUCGAAGAGAGCCCGGUGGAACUGAGCACCAGCACUUCCUCCAGCAACUUCAUCCACACAGCUGGUGAGAAGAGCACGACUACAGGAAAGCACUCGGUCCAGAGAGGCAGCGCUCCUUCCAAAGAGUGCUUCGAUAGCCUGUACGGAGUCGGAAAGCUUCUGGGCAAAGGAGGCUGCGGUUCUGUGUUUGCAGGACUUCGUAAGGCCGAUGGAAAACAGGUUGCUAUUAAGAUUGUGCUGAAGAGUGGCUGUGACAGAUUCAUCACCAUUCCUGGUGAGAAGAACGGUCUCCCUGUAGAGGUGGCGUUGAUGCUGAUGGUGUCUGAGCCACCUCGCUGCGAACACGUCCUGGAGCUCCUGGAAUGGUUCGACAUGCCCGAGUGCUACGUCUUGAUCCUGGAGCAACCCGCCCGCUGCAUGGACCUCUUCGAAUACCGCAGGAACGGCUCACUUCCCGAACGUCUGGCUCAGGUCAUCAUGUGGCAGGUGGUUCUCGCCGCCCGUCACUGCCGUGAUCGCGGCGUUCUCCAUCGGGAUAUCAAGGAGCAGAACCUUCUGGUCAGUUUCGACACGUUAGAGGUCAAGCUCAUAGACUUUGGCUGUGGGGACUUGCUCAAGUCGACACCCUACAGACGUUUUGCAGGUAAUUGUACCUCGGAGGUCACCGUGUGUGUGAACCGUUUCUCGCACUUUUAUUCAGGCACCAUACUAUACGCCCCACCUGAAUGGAUCGAGGAAGGUAAGUAUCAUGGUUGUGCUGCAACGGUGUGGAGCCUGGGCGUCCUUUUGUUUGUUUUAGUGUGUGGAGAGCUGCCAUUCUGGAAUGAGAGGGAGAUCGCUGCUGGACACUUGAUCUUCAAAGCUGGUGUGUCUAAGGCCUGCCGUCAUCUGAUAAGACGCUGCCUGGCCAAGGAUCCGAAUGAGCGACCCAGCCUCGAGAUGAUCCUGGAGCACAACUGGUUUUCAGAGAUCCUUGGGAACUAAGUCCAGGCACCUGUAUGGGUUUGUAGCAGACGGAUCAUGGCACAGGUCUGCUACAAGAACACAUCCAGAGGUUUUUAGCUGAGGUUCAGAUCACCUCCAUUCCUCAGCACCGUGUACAUACCACGCCAGAUCAGAAAG